AAUUAUUUUCAUAUUUUUUAAACCGAUAUGAACCGGCACAAACUUAUUCUACCACCGAUCGUGUCAUUCCACUUGUCAAACCGGCACGGUAUAAACCGGUUUGAAAACCUUCUCUAGAGAGAGGAAACAAGGCAAAGAGAUAAUAUAAUAUCAUAAUAAUGAAAAGAGUAUCAAACCCAAGCAUUCAUUUCUCCUCUUGUCAUCUUCGAUAACCUCCAAAUUCAGGUCCCCAUUACCUCGUCUUAACCCACCCCAAUCCCCAUCCUUCUUCUUCCCCCGUCUCCUCUCCCUCUCCUGCCAUUCAUUCCUUCCUCGAACCCCUCAUUUCCCUCUGCAACUUUUCCCCCUUCCCUUCUUUAAUCUCCCUCCAUGAAGCGCUCGCUCGAGGCCGAUUCGAGUUUCGAAUCGAAGAAAACCAGGCUCCAAGAGGAAGAAACCACCGGAGUUUCACCCGAUUCGGGAACAGGGUUCGUGAAUUUGGACGAGAAUCUGUUGUAUGAGGUGCUGAAGCACGCCGAUGCGGCGACCUUGGGCCGGGCGGCCUGCGUGAGCAAGCAGUGGCACCGGACCGCCCAGGACGAGCGGCUGUGGGAGCUGAUCUGCACCAAGCACUGGGCUAACAUCGGCUGCGGCAACACCCAGCUCAGAUCCGUGGUCCUUGCCCUCGGCGGGUUCCGCCGCCUUCACUCCCAGUACCUCUGGCCUCUCUCCCAGCCCCAACCCAGAACUUUGGCUUCCGGGUCGUCGUCGUCGUCUUGGGCUCCCUUCCCGCCUAUGAUCGGAGCGAAGCCGCCGGCGAGGUGGGGGAAAGACGAGGUCCAUCUCUCCUUGUCACUGCUCUCAAUUCGGUACUAUGAGAAGAUGAAUUUUGGUAACCGUGGCAGAUAGACGAGGUCCAGCCCGCCCCAGCGGUUCGGCCACUCUGAUUAUUAUUACUACCCGCCUUAAAUAUAUAUAGGAAGAAGAAGAAGAUGGGUUCUUUUUUCGUUUUGGCUAUUGAAACUCUGAAUUUUUAGGGGGUUUUCUUUCUGUCUUUUUUGGGACUUUCGUGGUGAACCAUGUGUCCAUGUUCCAUUUAGAGUAUCUGACUAAAUUUGCCUUUGAGAAUAUUUGUACUGUAAUUUUUAACCUAGUAACUCUGCUCUUCUGUUGUAUUGUAAUCAGCGUGACAUUUUUAUGAAAUAAAAUGGAUUUGGGCUCUGUUCCCCAAUUGAAACUGAAUGAAUGAGUCCAGAGUAG